AUGUUUAAUAAUAAAAAACAAACUUUUAAAAACUUAAUAAUAUAUACCGCAAUUAUGUCAAAAAGAAAAAUUGAAGAAUUAAAUAAAGUGGGAUCUAGUUUAGAUGAAAUUGAAAUUACCAGUGAUGAAGAGAGUGAAGAGGAUAAUAAUAAUAAUAAUAUACUCUCUAUAAAUGAUAACAAUAUUUACUACUAUGAUGGAGAGAAUGAAAAUGAAGAUGAUGAAAAUGUUGAUGGUAUCCAAUCGGAAAAUUUCAAAUAUAGAUCUCCAAUUAAAGAUUUUAAUGGUGGAUAUUAUUCAAAUGGAUGUUUAGGAGGAGAAAUUCCUAUUAUUAUAAUUAAAAUAGAAGAGGGACAAAAAUUAAAAAAAGAUUCAAGUGAAGAAAAUGGUCAAACAUCUUUUAGAUAUUUAAAUAUGAAUGGUCCAAUCAUUUUUUGUUUAGAAAGGGUAAUAUUUAGAAUUUCAACAGAAUUAAAUAAAAUCGUUGAUAUUGAAAUACCUAAUGAACAUAUAACAUCAGUAAAAGUAAUCAAAACACUAAUAAACAAAGAUUUAGAAAUUGAAAUUAAAUUUGAAAAAGGAUCGUCAUACAUAUUAAAUAAUUAUCCUCCACGAAAACCUGCAAUCGAUGGUGGAUCUUUCAUAUUUACCUCAAAAGAUAAAAUCUUUAAUGAAGAUUGGAAAUUUUAUUUUGAUAAAUGUGGAUUAAAAUAUUGUAAUCCAGAUAAAAUAAUAAAUAAUAAUAAUAAUAAUGAUAAUAAUAAUAAUAAUAAUAAUAAUAAUAAUAAUAAUAAUAAUAAUAAUAAUAAUAAUAAUAAUAAUAAUAAUAAUAAUAAUAAUAAUAAUAAUAAUAAUAAUAAUAAUAAUAAACAAAAUGAAAAAAAGAGGAAAUUGAUUUGGAGUGAAGAAGAUUCUAAAAUGCUUUUAGAAAUAUAUAAAAAAAUGAAAACUCCAAACAAACCAAAAAAUAUAAUUGCCUCAGAGAUUUACAAGUCAGGUCAAUUUAAGUAUACUUUAAAUCAAAUAUAUGGGAAAAUAUGUAACAUAAAAAGUUCAACUUCAACUUCAAAUGAAAUUAAAUUAAGAUCAUCUAUUACCAAUACAGAAGAAAAAGAACAAACUCAACCAAAACAAAUUCCAAAAACUACCACAACAACAACAACAACCUUUACUCCACCACCACCACCACCACCUUCAAAUAAAAUGAUAUCAAGAGUUGCCACUAGUAGAAAAGAGAAUCUAAUUAUUGAUGCAACAAUUGAGAAAUAUAGAUUAAAAAAUAAUAGUUUAAAUAAUAUUAAUAACACAAUAAGGGGAGAAAUGGAAUUAUUGAAAAAAACAAAUUCAGGAAAUCAAAUACUAAUAAAACAACAACAAAAACAAUUGGAGCAAAAACAAAAAGAAUUAGAACAACAACAACAACAAUUGGAACAAAUAAAACAACAAUUACAACAACAACAAAAUAUUAAACAAAAUGAAAAUAGAGAAUUAAAUUCACCAAAAACGACAACAACAACUACAGCAAUUAAAACUACAAAAGAACCAAUAAAUAAAAUUAAACCAAUGAUUUCACUUGAUGACGAUAAUCAAAUAAUAUCAAUAAAUUCAGCAACUAUAUUUAAAAACUCAAAUAAUGAAGACGAUUAUUAUAUAAUAUUCCCAGAUUAUAGUCCAAUGGCUCCAAAUUCAUCAUCAGCUCAACAAGUUAAAAUAAAAAUAAAUCAAAUAGAGAAUCAUUUCAUUGAAUGUGAAGUAGACUCAAUUGUUAAUGAUAAAAUCAUUAAUACCUCUACCUAUUAUAUUAAAAAUGAGAAUGGAUACGAAAUAAAUACUCGUAUUGUUCAAAAUGGAGAUGAUCCAAUUAAUUGUUUAUUUUUUAGAAAAAUUCCUCACAUUAAUGAUAAUUUCAUAAUUCAUUAUUUCAUUUUUUGCACCACAACACAAUAA